UUACGCCCUAGUGUGAUUCUCAGCGCUGUACCACAGAGAAGCUUUGUGAAUACGAUACAUGUACUUCUUUUUUCUUUGUCUCCGCACCAAAAUUGUGCUGCUCAAGCCCCCCACGCCUUACGAAGAAUAAGUCUUCAUUCCUUUUUUCCGUAUGUCAUCCUCCUUUUUCUCUUUACUUUUUUCCCGUAUGCCCACAGCUACGACAUCGUCAACUUCCAGGCGCUGGAAGACGGGCAGUACGAGUUCGUCGACGUGGCCAUCUGGUCGGACGAGGAACGGAUCUUCGUGCACGGAGAGCCGAGGUGGAGCGACAAAGAUGAGCACGACGACGAGGUUCCGGUCUCACAGUGCGGAAAGCCGUGUCCGCGAGGGUACAUCAAGGUGCCAGAGAGCAACACCAACCUCUGCUGCUGGAAAUGCGUCCAGUGCGGCAGCAACCAAUACGUGCACAGCGAGUACCGAUGUGGCAACUGCGAAGGUGGCACUUGGCCCAACGCUACUCUCAACGGAUGCGAUCCCAUACCGCAAAAGUACCUGCAGUGGACCGAGUCGGCCGUCAUCGUGGUCAUGGUCGUCUCGGCUCUAGCCCUGGCGACGGCGGCCUGCGUCAGUGCCGUCUACGUCCGCUACAUCAACACGCCCCUCAUCAAGGCCUCGUCGUGCGAGCUCAGCUUCGUCAUCCUGGUCGGCAUCAUCGUGAGCCAGGCGAGCACGUUCGCCAUCCUGGCUAAGCCGUCGCCCACGUCGUGCCUCAUGGAGCGCCUGUUCCCCGUGCUUAGCAUCGCAGCCGUUCACGCCGCCAUCUUCACAAAGACGAACCGCAUCGCGCGGAUCUUGGCUGUCAGCGAGAGGCGAAUCUUUCAGCGGAGGCUACGGUUUAUGAGCACCGCGGCCCAGCUGACAACGACUGGCAUCCUCAUCAUGGGACAGGUCGUCAUCACGGGCACCAUGCUGGUCGUCCAGAGGCCUGGCACGGUCCUGUUCUACCCGGCAAGCAACCGGGCGGUCCUACUGUGCGACACGACCGAGCUGGCCAGCUUCUUGCCGCUGGCCUACGACUUCGUCCUCAUCGCCAUGUGCACGGUGUACGCGGUCAAGACGAGGAACGUGCCCGAGAACUUCAACGAGGCCAAGAUGAUCGGGUUCGCAAUGUACUCGACGGUCGUCAUCUGGGUCGCCUACAUCGCCGUCUACAUCGGCAACGAGGACAACCGCGAGCUGGCGCUGUGCCUCGCCAUCAGCAUCUCGUCCCUCAGCGUGCUCGUGCUGUUGUUCUUGCCGCGCGUCUACAUCGUGCUCUUUCGGCCGGAGAAGAACAGGCGCAGUUCGUUUCUCACUUUCAGGCAGGACACGAUGGAGGCCAAAGUGAACACAGUCUCCGGCACCAUGGCUCACGAGAACGGUGGCGCCGAUUUGCCGCGAUCGCACGACAGCGUUAGCUAGGACGAGUGUUGCGUGACAUCGCUUUGACAGCGCGGUCAUUGCAGGCCAGGUGCCUACCCCAGGGGGUUGUGACGCAGAGGGUGGUUUGAUCGCCAGUACUGCAUCCGCUGAACUGCAUUGUGAUACCAGACACUAGAAGGUAAACUCUAGGUUUGUGCAAGAACACGCCUAAGAAAUAAAGCUUAGGUUAAGCUAGUAUUAUACAAGCAGACACCAAAGAAAAAAUGUUUGAGUUAAGCUAGGAUUAUAAGACACAUUUUCGUAAAUAACUUAUUCACUUUGAAAAUAGCUGCUUCGCAGAAGAUGAUGCAAAAGUCAAAUGAAUGGCAACGGCAGAUUUUAAUGCUCGAAACAGCUACGCUUCAAAGACAACAACAAUUGGUCGAAGCUGGUUCGUUCUUGUUGCCAAUGCCAAGGUACAUUCUUUGAUAACAUGCAAUUAGCGAGUGCCAAACGUGUGGCGUAUCCUUCCUUGUAUCCCUCUUCGGCAUUAGUGUACUGGCUGCAUGUGCUGUGCUGUCUUGCGCACUUCAAUGCGUUGUCACGCAUUGUCU